UUGCUGGCAGAUGUUAAUGAGGUGGUACCGCUGGGAGCGCCAACGAGCACUGGGGAUGCGGAAGAUGAUGAUGGCGGGCAGUGGCAUUUACAUGACUAUGUUGUGGAGGUAAUGGGCUCCGAAUGCUUGCAUUUCAUGCGUGUUGACACGCUGCUUAGAGAGGGUGAUGAAGUUGUGAUUCGUCCUCUAGAUCAUGAAGAUAUAUCAGCCAGAGUAGCAACUGGAAGACGACAGGUGACCGAUGACGGGACAUAUCUAAUUGAUGGCGUUCCCUGGGGGAAAUCACGCCUGGAGCUAAAACGGACAACCGUGUCUCGACCUUCUAUAACAAUACCCCCCAGGAAUAAGAGACGGCGACUUGAAGGCCCAGACCGGGGUCUCGGUGAAGUGACAGACCCUUCUUCUCUUCUCAAUGAACCGACUGUAGUCAUUGAAGACGUUAAUCAUCGAAAAAAUGACGCCCAGAAGUCGGAGAAAGAACCUGCUAUGGCGCAAGAUAAUGCGGUCAUUGAGGAGACGCAGGAAUCGAAUGCUGUAGUUGAAGGAGACGAAGAAGACCCAACUUCUGCCACUGGUGGUGUACCUGUCCCUUCGCAGACAGCUGCGGUAGAGGAGAGCGUAUUAACCACUCCUCCCACCGUUAAACGACAUAAAACAACACAUGUCGCUUCGGAGGGAGCUCGGUUACCGGACCACGAAGAAGAAAAUCAAUCGGAAGAUUCAUCAAGCAAAUAUUCAUCGGAAGACGAGACUUUGAGCUCUAGUGAGGAUGAGUCUAGUGAUGACAGUUCAGAUUCAGGUUCGGAGUCAGACUCUGAUUCCAGCUCUGAAUCGGAAUCCGAUUCUAAUUCGGAUUCAAGCUCGGACACAACUUCUAGCUCUAGUUCGUCAAGUAGCUCGAGCUCCGAUUCAGACUCGGAUUCAUCUUCUGGUCUUAGUUCUGUCCCAAAAUUGCCCACUUCUAAAAAGAAAGGCACACUACCCAAAUCGGAAUCUUCCAAGCAGAAGAAUAAUGUUGCGAAAGGAAAAGUCAACCCCCCGGGUCAUGGCACUUUACGCACGAAACAUGGCAAUUUGAGAACAAAGUGGCGUAGAAGAUUGAUCCGGCUGAAGAUUGCUGGUAUCCUGGAUAAAGAUGCUAAUUUCGAAGACAUGCGAGCCUGGGAGAACGGACAAGGAGGCUCUGAGGCUGUAAAUGCUUUGCUUGAGGCUAAAGAACAAUCAGAAUUCGAAAGAAAGAGAGAGCAGCUACUACGUGAUAUAGAUGAGGGUGGAAUUGAAGUACCGUCCCCCUCAGAGAAGAGAAGGAAACAUAAGGAGACCCCAUCAUCUGUCGAGGUAGACUGUCUUGCAACCUCUACACCAGCCAAGGAUAAAGCUUCUCCUGUUCCGGAUGGCCCGGUUUCCGUUCCCGCAAGGCAGUCGAAGUUAGAUAUUGACAGCACGCGGCGUCUUUUAUUUGGAUCUUUAGGCGUUAAGACACCAAAAACGAAGGAAGACGAAGAGAAAACCCGGGCUAAACUUGCACAGAAGAGUAGCCUAACCCCAAAAGCUACACCAAAGGAGCCUGAGUGUGUUACAUUUGAGACUUCAGAAGAAGUACUCCAGCCAAUUCAGAAUUGGCAAGCCAAGAUUACACUCAAGGCCACCGAAUGCUUUUAUGAUGGCGUUAAAUUAUCUACACCUCCAUUCCCCUUCGUGCAGAGAUGGGAUUCCAACGCCCAAGCUGUCAUUCAGGAGCUACGCGCAAGCCAGGCUCCCCAAAGCAAGAAAAAGAAAAAGAACAAACGGAAACGGCAAUCCCAAUCCAACGGUGAGAACGAGAAGGAAUACCCGGAUGAACCCGGCCAGAACGAGAACCAUUCAAACGAAGAUAUUACACUUGACUACGGGGAUGAGACCGGUGGCCUAAGCAUGGAUGUAUCCCUCGUUGCAGAGACACAACCAAAGGCGAAGUCUCAGAGUGAUAAGAGAACGUCCAGCCCCGAAAAUCAAGGCCUCAUGGAGUGUAGAGCUGGAGACCUGCCUCCUCUACCUAAAGAUAUGUCAACACUGCCCAAUGCGGAUAAAACCAAUCUAUUGCCAGGUGCGAUUUUUGCAUUUAAACAGCUAGACGUUUCCAAGGCUACGAAUUGGCAGCCCCAAGUGUCUUCCUACCGCACUGCAAUUGUGGAAAACGUGAACUCUGCCAACACAAUCACUUUCCGUCUUGCCCAACGCGAUCGAGAUGUAGUAGAAAGUGAUGAUGCCGAUGAAGGUCAACCACGAAGUUAUACAAAGUUCGAAAUGCCUGGUUUCGAUGACGUCGAGGAAGAAGACGAUGGGCUGCGGGAACUUGAGAUCCAAAACCUCAUUGAUGCAAAACUCAUCAGUGCUGCUCCUCGUGUAUCUGCAAGUAAAAUACAGGAGCAACUUGCAGAUAUAGAAGAGGAAUUGGUGAGACUCCAAGAGGAGCAAGUGCUGGAGAAUCUGGCAGGUGAAUCGAUAAAUCUCGCCAGUGAGGUGUCGGAGACGCAAAAUGUUCGCAUUACUGAGAAUGCGCCAAACCUUAACUCUUCACAGCCAGAGGAUAUCCAAGUUUCUUCUCCUAGCCGCCGGGAAAUAUCACAGCUCAUUAAAGAUGCUGGAUUUAGGUCUUCUGUGAAUUCUGAGCUGGCUGUCCCUGACAGGGUAGAAGUCGUGGAAGACAGUUGUCCCAAUUUGGAACAUAAGCGGCAAGAUGACAGCGAGGGAACUGUUUGCGAUCAAAGUCCCAAGGACCAAACUGUUGUGCAAAGAAGCGUUGCGCUUCCUCGAGAUGCCGAGAAACAAGAUGCAGCAGGGCCGCGUGAAGAUAGCCCAGUUGUUGAAUCACCUAAAUUCACUGGCUUUGAUUAUGACUCGCCUCCAAAGGGAGCAACAGAAGAAACCCCGGCGGAACCAGGACCACGUAAAUCUCCAACUCCUCCCGUGAAUUCAACGGUUCCAGAAACAGCAAAACCGUCACCUUUAUCGGCUCUAGAGGAUUGGAUAUCUGCGCAAGGCUCCACCCACGGUAGUGAGAAGGGAAAGAAUCCAGAGCCGCCGAACAAUCCGGAUGAAACCGAUGACGAUGACGACAGUGGUGAUAGCAACCCAAACUCACUCGUGCCCAAUCCAUUCUAUGAAAUAGACAAUCUCUCUGAGAAUGAUCCAACCCCGUCAUUGGAAGAACUGCUUGCAGAAGCUACUCCGUGCCCGCCAGUUUCAUUAAAGCCACCGCCAGCUGCCCACAAGCCUGCUGGGCCGUCCUCACCUUUACCAACGGCCAAUCCGUCCGUAAACACGCAGGACUCGGCUGCAAAAUCAACUUCACCCCCAUCACACGAAGACGAAUUACUGUUGCAGGGUGGGCAGGAUGCUGCAGAGAAUAAUGAGCCUUCUGCGUCCCAGAUACCAGAUGGUUCUAUAGUAGUAGACUUGACAUUGUCAAGUGAUCCUGGGGCAGGUGGUGAUGAUGAUUACGUCGAUGAAGGUGAUGAUGGCUUUGAGGAAGAUUCAUCACUUUUCCAUGGGCCUGGGGUAAAGCCCGAAGUUCAGCAUCACAAGGGAGUCAAAGAGGUGGUCGACGGCCGAGAUUAG